AUGUUCCUCCACACUCCUCCACAGACCUCCACACUCCUUCACAGACCUCCACACUCCUCCACACUCCUUCACAGACCUCCACACUCCUCCACAGACCUCCAGUGGACCAUGGACACAGCUGGUUUCUUGGUGCUGCUGCUGAGGUCCUCUUUUCUUCUCUUCUGUUCAUCUGACAUUGACUCAGUGAGAGAGAUGGGAGCUGCACUGGCUGCACAGCAAGUCCAGAUCAAACAACUGCAGGAGGAAAACCUGGAAAACAAAGUCCAGAUGGAGAAAGUGCUGGAGAAAAACAAAGUUAAUAAUGUUAUAAUUAAACUUUGA